CCACACACCAGUCGUUGCUUUCUUAUUUCCAAAAAGUGUGUGUAGACCCAAUCCAUGAGCAACCACGUUACCAAUAGGCGUCCCCCAUGGAGAACAGUGCUUCUUGGAUUCUUGGGUUUUACUGAUCUUCCUGUCAAGGUGAAUUGUUGGUACUGUAACCAAGAUUCUUAUUUGCUGCCUGGAAGCAAACAGACCGAGGGGUACUGGCACUGUAACAUUUGCGAAAACACCAACGUAAAAGACGAGGUAAGCAAAUCUAUCUUUGGUCUUCACAAACUGCCUUGUACGAAAAAAAGAAACAGUUAUUUAAUACGCAGCCAUAAAGAGUGGUGAAAUUGUAGACACGUUGCCAGUAAUGUACGAUGCGUCACUGAAUCGCUCCAGUAAGUAAAGCCAAAUCAUGAGUGAUUACAUCC